UGAUCGCUGCUCCCUGCGCAUCGGCUGGCCCGGCAGUGAGGCUUAGCGCUCGGUGGGAGGAGGUUGUACGAAAUCCUCGCUCCCUCAUACCUUGACCGGACUCCUGUUUCAGCGUUGGGACAGUAGCAUAUCUGGACGAUUUUGAUCACAAAGAAGUUCCUGACUGGCUAUUCAUUGAAGGGAAGGAAGUAGUAAUUGUGAAGUGGUGGAAAGUGUUCUAAGUGGAAGUUUUAUUACACAGAGUUCCGAACUGCCAUCCAAAGAGGAACUGCUGCUUGAAAAGGUUGUCAUGGAUGGCUGGCGUUCCCAUCACUCCAGAGUGUCCCCCGUGACGCCCUUGGGAGGCUGUUCCGGGACAUGUAAGGGUUCCUGCAGCUAUCCUUUAUUGUCCCGGUAACCCUUUGGAGACGCCCGCCUCCACACCUCACUGGCGUGCUGCGGAGGAGCGCUGCACAUACUUCCUGGACUGAGGUGCGUCACUAUGAGUCAUGGGGAAGCUCAAGCCCCAACCAACACGCGGUGGCGCUCCCUGAGUGAAGUGUUUCCCUGCUGUGAGACAAAAGCUUCUGUGCUGCUCGUAACAUCACACCUCACACGUAUCGGACAAGAACUUCGGUGAAUUGUUUACUUGUGAAUAUUUUUAAGAGCAACUAUAUCAAGAUGCCAUUCGGUGGCCGCUCAGAACGUUACGAGCUGAACGGGACGGGGCAGCUGCAGCGAGACCGAACCUAUGGCAGCAUUGUGCGUGAUAGAACCUACGGCAGUAUCGGCAGCUACUCCAAUCCAGACCCCGAGGCGCACCGUAACUUUAUCAACGACGACGAUCUCGAUUUUCAGCGAGUCUCCCACGGCCAGACACACAACGUCCCUCCUCCACAUCCUCCUCCUCCUCCUUCUCCUCCUCCUCCUCCUCCUCCUCCUCCUCCUCCUCCUCCUCCUCCUCCUCCUCCUCCUCCUCCUCCUCCUCCUCCUCCUCUUCGUGUUGCUGCAGCUGCAUCUGGUGGUGGCGAGGAGCACGGGAAAGAAGAACAUGAAAAUGCCAAGAAAGAAGAGCAAGACCGUCAGGAGCAGCAUGGUGGCGGUGACUCGGAUAGCUGGGGCAGCACUGGCGGGCAGGGCGGCAGGUCACAGCAGCAGCCCCAAACCAAUCAACAAGAAGAUGCCACCACCUUCUUUAGGGAUGGCCGGCGAAGGAUCGACUAUGUGUUGGUGUAUGAGGACGCGGAGGGUGCUGCGCGCAAGAACCAGGAGAGGGAGAAGACACUCAUCAGGACAGUCAGCGAGAAGAGGAUAAAAAAGCACGAGACAUGGAGAGAGAAAUUCAUGACAUCACUCAUGAAGGCUGGACUCCACAUGGAAGAGGAGACAGAGAUCGCUGGCAAGAAGGUGAUCUAUUUCAUCAAGCUAAGCGCUCCCUUCUCAGUACUGUGUCGCUACGCUGAGGAGCUCAACAUGAGGGCCCCGCUGCAGGGGUGUAGUGACCAACCACCCUCGCGGCCCACCACAUGGAUCUCCUGCUUCCAAAGUAGGACAGAAGGAGAGUGGGACACCGGCGGGAAUGACAAGCAGGGAAGUAGGGCUCACAACAACCCCUCCACCAACUGGUCCGAGGUGAUCAUCGAGCACCUUCACCUGCCUAACCUGAUGGCGGAGGAUGUGCCCAACAAGCCCCUCGACUACUUCACCUGCGCCUUCAAGAGAUCAAAGAUCGACAGGUUCCUGGGCAGCGACAAUCCAGAUAAGUACUUCACCAACACGCAGCGCUCGAGGAUCGUCUACGAGAUCUUGUCCACGGCAGCCUUUGGCAAGACGAAGAAGGGAGAGAUCGGGAUCGAGAGGCUGGUGGAGGAAGGCGUCUACACAGCUGCUUUUCCUCUUCAUGACGGUCCCUACGAGCCUCCCCCUGGCCCGCUGGACCCGUCGCGCCUCAACCCCCGUCAGGUGCUGUACCACUACUGGGCGCGCUGGGGGAAAUGGUACAAGUAUCAGCCGCUGGACCACAUCCGCGAGUACUUUGGCGAGAAGAUUGGCAUUUACUUCGCUUGGCUUGGGAUGUAUACAGGGUGGUUACUGCCGGCGGCGGUGGUGGGGCUGCUGGUGUUCAUGUACGGCGUCAUCACCAUCAACCAGAACACACCGGCCAAUGAGAUCUGUGACUCCCGCGACGAGUUCAUCAUGUGUCCUCUGUGCAACGAGAGGCUGGGUUGCGCUUUCUGGGACCUCAGCGACAUCUGCUUCAACACCCGCAUCUCCUACCUCUUUGACCACCCCGGCACCGUCUUCUACUCCAUCUUCGUGUCCUUCUGGGCCGUGUCCUUCCUGGAGUACUGGAAGCGUAAAAGCGCCUCCCUGGCUCACCACUGGGACUGCCUCGACUUCCAGGAGGAGGAGGAGCGACCCCGCCCGGAGUUCGCAGCUAAGGCGCCGUGCAGGGAGAGGAACCCAAUCACGGGCGUGAGGGAGCCGUCCUUCCCCAAAUCCAUCAGGACUAAGAGGAUCAUGGCGGGAGUCGGCCUUAUCUUUAUCAUGAUGAGUCUGGUCAUCAUCUUCAUCGUGGCAGUCAUCAUCUACCGGGUCCUGGUGUCCAUCCCUCUCUUCCGCAAUGACACCCUCCGCUCACAGGCCCAAGCCAUCUCCUCCCUAUCCGGUGCGGUGGUCAACUUCAUCAUCAUCAUGUGCAUGGGUCGGGUGUACGAGAAACUUGCCUUCAGACUCACUACCUGGGAAAUGCAUCGAACCCAGACGGACUUCGAGGACAACCUGACGUUCAAAGUAUUCAUCUUCCAGUUCGUUAACUUCUACUCAUCCAUCUUCUACAUUGCCUUCUUCAAGGGUCGUUUCGUGGGCUACCCGGGCCACUACCACCACAUCCUGGGCUUCAGAAAUGAGGACUGUUCGGCGGGCGGAUGUCUUAUCGAACUAGCGCAGCAGCUGGCCGUCAUCAUGAUCGGGAAGCAGGUGGUGAACAACGCCCAGGAGAUCCUCGUGCCCAAGGUCAAGAUGUGGUGGCACAAGAAGCAGGUGAAGAUGGCCCACAAGGCGAGGACCAGAUGGGAAGCGGACUAUCAGUUGAUCGACAACGAAGGAUUGUUUCAAGAGUACCUCGAGAUGGUGCUCCAGUUCGGUUUCCUCACCAUCUUCGUGGCUGCCUUCCCCUUGGCGCCGCUCUUCGCCCUCCUCAACAACUGGGUGGAGAUUCGCCUCGACGCUCAAAAGUUUGUGUGUGAGACGCGGCGGCCGGUGUCUGAGCGCGCCCAGAACAUUGGCAUCUGGUUCACCAUUCUGGACUUUAUGGCGCAUCUGGCAGUGAUCAGCAACGCUUUCCUCAUCGCCUUCACCUCGGACUUCCUGCCACGGCUGCUCUACAAGUACGAAUAUGAUUGGUCGCUCACCGGCUACGUCAACUUCACGCUGGCCGUUGCCCCAAACAACACCCUUAGCCAGCAGUGCAGGUAUCGAGGCUAUCGGGAUGACCAGGGGAACCACACACUCUUCUUCUGGCGCCUCCUGGCCAUCAGACUUGCCUUCGUCAUCAUAUUUGAGCAUGUGGUGUUCGGGGUGUGUCGCCUCAUCGACAUCGUAGUGCCUGACAUCCCGCAGAGUCUCGAGAUCAAGAUCAAGAGAGAACGUUACUUGGCGAAACAGGCGCUGGCUGACUCAGAUACCAUGAUGAAGGUGGCUCAAGGCAAUGACGAUGAUGAUGACAAUGACGGGCCUGGCGACGUCAACAUCUUAAUGCACGAUGCCGACAGCCACUCUGGCAUCAUUCCUCCUUCCCCAGUCUUUCCCACGGCUGAGUCUCCAGGCCAACCUGGAAGUCCACAGCAGCCUUCGCCUCAGCCAGUCGCCAAGCCCACUAUGCCCGCCAAGGAUCCCGAUGCCUUUUCUUCUUAUGACUUUGGAAAUCUUGAGAAUUCUCCUCCUUCAUCUGUCAAGAAUCAUUCCUCCUCCUCCAACACUAACACGACAGCCUCCUCUACUCCAAACACAGUCUCCUCUUCCUCCACCACCUCCAACACGGUCUCCUCCUCCAGUGCCAAUACAGUUUCCUCCACCUCUGCCAAUACAGUCUCCGCCUCUGUCUCUUCACCACCGCCAUCAUCUUCCUCUUCCUCCAGCCAGAGCAAGAACCUUCCUGCGUGUUCACCCUUCGGUAACACCAAAAUACCGCCACCAGUGCCCUCGAGGAGAAGUACAAGGGCGAACAAAGGGCGAGCUACGGUAGUUAACGCUAGUGGAGGAACUAGUUUAAGAAACCAUCACAACACUUCAGUCAGCGGCAGCGCUAACACACACUCCACAACAUAACGGUGGGCCGCCUUCACCCGUCCCGAGGUCGUGUAUAAGCAGACGGCAGUGUGAGCCGUUUGCCGCCGGCCUGCUUGAGUUGUUCCUUGGUUGAGGCGCUCUCGUGUCGCGAGGUUAAACAGAGGGUGGGCAGUGGGGCACUGCACCACAACGAUCCAAGUGCAGUAAGUAAUAUUUUCGGCUAAAUUAUGAGAACAGUAAGGAAGAUUAUUUCAACACAUUUCAGCCUCUCGUGGCCUCUAUCUCACCGUAGACACCGCUGUAAAGGUUGACCUGCUAUGAGAUUUUCUCCUUAUUUUUCACUUGCUACUUGUAAUUCAGAACUGGGUGUGUGAGACUCCUGCUCUCCACGGUCGCAGAUGUGGCCAGGGGUUUCUAGUGGGGUGUAACUCGCAUACGCUCCUUAGGCCACGCGACGGCCCUCUUGCCUGGCGCCAGGUCGAGUCGCUGCUGUAAGCAUAAAGGUGAAUGUCCUCCUCUGACACACUGAUACUGAGUGCCUUCUUGAUGUUUUACUUUGUUUAUGGUUUCCCUGUAACGGACGGGUGGAGGAUGAGCGAGGGGUGGUGGGAGGUGAGACAGACUUUCAGUAUUCUCAUUGUCUCCACCUCAGGAGCUGACGAAGGAAGCUCAAAACUUUUAGCCCCGCUAGUUCCAUUGUUUGUACGUGUGUUAAUUUUAUGGGCAAGAAACUCAAAACUAAACAAUGGCUUUCUAGUCCAUGUGUGAUAAAUCAUAAUGUUAAAUUGUACUUAUAUUAAAAAUAUGUAUCAGCCAUGUGACACCUUUGAAGGAUUUAUCCUGAAAAGUGGGAGAAAAAUUUCAAGCGAGUGGUGUGCAAUCAAUUAUCAUGGUGGAGUAAAGACCACGCUCGAGUUGUGUUGUGGCUGUACUGUUAUUGUUGCACCAAUUCUCCGCCAGUGCUGGAGGUGCUGCUGGCGUCGGCAUCUCCAGGCGAGACAUGUUUGUCGCGGAACGAAAGCAAGAUUAUCCACUUUACCCCAUUUUGUCCAUGUCUUUCUUGUGGGGGAUAUUAUUGGCUGGUAAACAAAACUGGCUUUGCUACUUUUCAUUAAUAAGCGGCCAGAAUGGCCAGCUCGUGGCAUUCAUCAAAUGAAUUCGUUAUGUGUUGGCUUUCAUCCUCCAUCCAUUUAUCUUUGUGUGUUCAAGGCCUCGGCCUCGUUUGCAUCGUCUCGCUGAUCGCGACUGUUCCCUGUCUUGCCUUCGCUUGUUCCUCGAUCGUUGUCCCUCCAUCCCCACUGCCCCGGGCUGGCUAUGUACAUAAGUGUAAGCUGGUCAUGGAAGUUUCCCUUUUGCAAAACUACGACAGCAGCAGGCUAUUGUUUUAUGUCUGGAGAGCCGUGAAGGGGGUGCCAGUGUCUCUCAGCUAAAUAACCAUGCACUGGUGGCACACGAGUAGUUGGCCUACCUUGCGAACAGUCGCUGAAAUUAUAUAGUAAAAACUUGUUUCAUUCUCAGUGGGAAGGAUAUCUUUUCUAUACUUUGUCCAUAAUUGUGUCCAGUGUUCAAGGCCGGAGUCACGUGAGGGACUCCCCUUGUGCUGCGUCAUCCGUUCAGGGAAUCGAACAGUGUUGUGAGGGGACGUGGGCUUCGAAAUACAUAUCCUGUACAUGACGCCAUCUGUAGCUUUUGAAAUGUUAGCUGCUUGUUUCUCAUCCCUCAUCACCGUAGUCAAGAGCAAGUACCCUCCCCUUCCAACUAUGCUUGAAAUAAUACACUGAAAUUUUUCAAUGUUUUGUUCUCUGUAGCUCCUCACAGCUCCUGCAUAACAUGCGAGUAAUUAUGGAGAUUGCCGAGUAGUGUACCGCUUUUCACGGGGUCAAUGAGAUAUUGUUUUGUAAGAAAUUGCCUUCAGCAAGGCAUUCAUGACGCACAACUAUUUAUUAAUUCUACUAGUAUCCACCAUCAUGGCUCACGUGACCUUAACUGUCCGGUUACUAAAUAAACAAUUAAUGUACAAGGAGAACACCGCAACAGUUCACAUAGUGGCAUUGACAAACUAUACCCCGUAUACUAGAGUAACCACCGUGACAUAGAAGAAAGCAAGGAGAAAGUGUUUUAAAUCCUAGACCCCUUUGUCCCUCCCUAUUACCCAAGGUGGAGGUACUGCCGUAUUGGGAAUCUCAGGUGCUCUUAACUGAGGCAGCAGAGCUGUGUCCAGGCUCAUGCUCAGGCUCAGAUAGAGAUUAUAAAAUAAAAAGAGAAAAAAAAUGGUACAGAAAAUAAUGAGCUUACAACUUUUGCAUUAGAGCACCGCCAGCUUCCUACUUCUUAUUUGCCGGCUAUGUUGAUUGCCUGUGGCCCGUGCCAUAGUACGUAUUUCUUAAGUUAGUUGUGAGUUCUUACGUCAGUUUAUGAUGAUCAGCCUGAGAGGACGCAGCACUACCCGGCUUGACUUGGGCUGGUUUUGCCUUGUAGUUUGUCUCUUUAGUAAUCAGUCUGCUGCUGUAGGCGAAUCAUGAUAUUGCAUCCACACAUUCUCAUUCCUGUGACUGCCAAAAGAUAAGACUUCAUAUAUUAUAAAGAGGCCAUACUUGGGGAAACAUUCAGUGACAGUAUUUGAUAUUAGACUCUACAUAGUGUAUGCAUAAAUUACUGUUUUUCUGGGUGAGUAAGAUUGCUGAAUUUUUGUGAUAUUAAUGAUACCUCUCUGUCCUUGAUGUAGCAUUGCAUGGUAACUCGACCUUCGUCCGUGUGGCUGGCAGGGGUGUGGCUGGGAAGGCAACGCGCCCACCUCCUUUGUCACGUGUACACUCAUGGUUGUCAGUCGACUGGCCUGCCUCUCUCACUUCCAUGGUGCCUUGCGUUCUCCUCUCAACAAUAAGUCGUCAGAUUGGCUGAAGAUUUUAUAAAUAGAAGGGGAUCAAAUGCAAUUGAAUACACAAUAACUUCUUAGUUCAACGGAUAGAUUACCAACGUAACAGAGGAUUUAAAGAUUGAACAAAAUGUUACAAAAUAAUAGAGGCACAGAAAUACCUCAGUACUAAGUCGUCCGGUUUGUUGACAGUCCUUUAAAUGGAAGGAGAAAUAUAACUGGGCUCAGAGUUCAUGGUUCAAUCCAGAAAUUCCAACAAACCAUAGCACUUGAAGACUGAAAGAAAACGUUAAACAAACUGGAAAUAUGAAAGUGCAAUCUAAUAAGUGCAAGGAAGAAAACCAGAAUCGGAUACAUAGUCCUUACAGUUUAACGAAGUUAAAAUACAGCAGAGGACUAGAGGACUUAAGAAGACGCUAAACACAAUGAAAAUAAGUGCGGCAGGUUAAUGGACUAGUAAUCACGACUGUACCUUUGGGUUACUAACUAUUAAUCAUCCUUUUAUGCAACUCUUUCAUCACAUUAAGCAUUUUCCAUCACGAUUUUUCCAGGCUAGGCGAUCUAAGCUGCUGCUACUCUCCGCUGUCUGUGAUGUACAACAAACAUGUAUUCAUUCCCUCGUGGGCUGUGCGGCCCGACAGGAACGUACAGAUCCCAGGUCUUAUAGAAGUUAUCGCUGACUCGUAGAAACUAACACACUACUAUAGAAGCUAAGAGAAAAUAUGAUCUUGUAUUUUUCAUUUUUCUUAUCAUUAUUAUUAUGUAUUAUGUAUCUUGGGGCUUCAGAGUAUUAAAUUAUUUAUCUUGUUAUAUUUCAAAUAAAUACCGUUGAUGCU